AUGAGCGAUGAUACCCUAGACAAGCUAGUCAUCUUCUUAGCCAAAAGAGAUGGCAUAGACAAGCUAGUCAAGACUUACCAAUAUGUCUCCAAGUUAGCCCAUUGGCACCUUGAGGAAACCCAACCGGACUUGGCCCGGAGGUUCAAACUAUGGGAAGUGGCUGCGGGCAUGAGUCGGAAGGUCUUUCGUAGCGGUCGGUCAUUGUCAGGCCUCAACACCAUAAGGAGGAACCCAGGCCCGACCCGUGGGCUCCGGACCUUGGCCGUCCUAGGGAAUGCAGGGGAGAUGGUCUACUUCUUCUUUGAUCACUUUACUUGGCUAUCAAGGCUUGGGGUGUUGGAUGCAAAGUUGGCUAAGAAGAUGAGCUUCAUCUCAGCCUUUGGUGAGUCUGUUGGUUAUAUUUUCUUCAUAAUGUCAGACUUCAUUCUCAUGCAUCAAGGGUUGAGGAAGGAGAAACUGCUACUCAAGGGUUUGGAAGAUGGUGAAAAGAAGGAAGAGGAGGUGAAUGAAGGGGUGCAGAAGAUUAGGGGGGAUAGAGUGAUGAGGUUGAUGGCGGUGGCGGCGAAUGUGGCGGACUUGGUCAUUGCUGUGGCGGAGAUCGAGCCAAACCCGUUUUGCUGUCAUGCUGUGACGUUAGGGAUUAGUGGCCUUGUUUCUGCAUGGGCUGGUUGGUAUAGAAAUUGGCCUUCUUGA